AUGUCUAUAAUGCUCAAUUUAUUCCGUACAAGAGCAAUAGCUCGGAGUACUGCAUUGUUACCACUUAUUUCUAGUGUUAAUUCUGUUACUUUACAUACAACUGUGAUUUCCUACGCGGUUAAGAAGACUACUUCAGCAGCGGGAGGUGUCCUCGGUCUGGGUAAGGGUAAGAAAAAGCUAGGCAAGCUAGGAGCUAUGGAGAAAAAGGAACUUCCUGUGGAGACUGACCCUGUAAAGCUGGUGAGCCAAGUAUGCGGCUCCAACAUUUAUAUCACAGGGGAAGAUGUUAAGCUAAAGGAUGACAGCGAAUAUCCAGAUUGGUUGUGGACCUUGAACACAGGACGACCACCCCGGAUCGAAGAGUUGGACCCCAACACCAAACAGUAUUGGCUGCGAGUCAGGGCGGCUGGUAUGCGGCGAAACAAUAAGCUUAAGUCCAUGCGGAAGUUUUGA